AUGGUUCAAGCAGCUCAAUGGACUUGCAAAGCAGGUAUCAUCAACGGUACUCGUGAUGCACAAGGUGCGUAUGCUAGAGGUAUUCGGUAUGGGCAUGCUUCGCGAUACCAGAAGCCCGUCGCUGAACCAGCGCGCUCAUCUGAUUCUCCCAUUGAUGCGACACGUCGUGGAUCUGCCUGUCUGCAACCACCGACGGCAUUUGAUGAAAUCAUGGGCGGAUCAUCUAUCAAAGGGUUGGACCAGAGUGAAGAUUGCUUGGUCCUGUCUAUCUUUACCGGACCGGAAGUAAAGCCCGAUAACAACUUACCAGUCAUGGUAUGGAUUCAUGGCGGUGCGAACGUCUCGGGAAGUGGAGAAGCUGAGCUGUACCACGCGCAUGAUCUUGCUGCGCACAACAGAAUGUGGGUUGCGUUGGGUGCGAGACAACCUGCUUUCGGCGGCGACCCAAGCAAUGUCACCAUCUUCGGACAAAGUGCAGGCGGCGAUUCUGUAGCACAUCUCAUUGUUUCGCAAGGCGCCGAAGGAUUGUUUCAUCGUGCCAUCAUCCAGAGUGCUCCGCUAGGUCUUUACGCACAGCGCUCGGCUAUGUACAAGGCUAUGCAGGAAAAUGCAAAGAACCUGGCGGACAAUGCCUCCACAGCUGAUCUGUUUGCUGCACAACAGCGAGCUCUCGAGAUUGGCAAGAAACAUGGAAAUCUCGGUUACAUGCCCUUUGGCGUUACUUACGGCGAAGAACCGUUGCCUGCGGAAGCUGAUCUAGCAGCCGCAUACACGGCCCGUGCAAAGGCUGUUGAUAUCUUGAUUGGCCAUACGACGCGUGAACCUGCCAUGUUUGCGCUCGCGAUGCCAGUCUUUCGCAUUGCGAUGAGUAUUCCGAUUCUUGGACGAGCUGCUGCUGCAGUCUUGACAAGGCAGCUGACGGCGAGCAUCUAUGGUACAGCUGCUAGUGCAUUGUAUGCGCGACACAAGGAAGCUGGUGGUCAGGCCACGUUUUAUCGCUUUACCAUGAGUACGCCUGAUGUGUUCACUUCAGCAACACAUGUCCUGGAUGUGCCAUUGAUCUUCUCGAACCGAAAUGCCUGGGAAGGUUCCAGACUCCUCAAGGGUGUCGCUUGGGAGGAGGUAGAGAACAAAGGGCGUCAGAUGAAGAAGCUAUGGGCUGACUUUGCGAGAGUGGGCUCUUUGCCAGCUCAACACAUCGAGGGGCUCAUCACGAUCACAUGAGGAGGCAAUUACGAAACCUGAUAAGGUGCGUAGACAUCAUGACAGCGCCUUCUUGCUUUCAGUAUGGUAGGUAGAGUCACUAAAGUGGUCAUUCUCGAGUCGAAUCGAGCGGCCCGCCGGCGUAUCCCACUUGUUCAGACUUCAAAGCCUGAGCAAGAGUCCUAUGAAUUAUGAUCUCAGACUCUGUAGGUCACAUGUCAUGACUCAUGCUUCAUGAAACCCCAUGUCCCUCCCGCGAUUUGCGCACAGAUGGGCUUGGCGAAGUAGCGAGUGCUAUGAUUCCGCCUUAAGCUCAUUCGACUUGGGCCAAAGUCAAAUUCGAACUCGAGAGGUGUUUUGGUCUUGGC